UCCUCCCCGACCACCUUGCGCAGCCUCCACCAGCCUCCUCCCCCGCCGCAGCAGCCUCGACCCGUCGUCGUCCUCUGCUAGUAACCCCUCUCUCUAUCUCUCUCCACUGCCGCCUCCCCCCGCGCCGAUUCGGCGGACGCCGAGGAGGAGGAGUCUAGGGUUUGCUGCUGCUGCCUUCCCGUGUCGGAUUUGAUGUCUAGGGUUGGCGCGACCGUCGAGGAGUUCGCGCUGCUGGGAAGGUUCCUCACGCUUUCUUCCAUUCCCAUGGCCGGAAAGAUACGAAUACGACCGUCCUCUGUACUAGGUUUUAUUUGUGUAGUAGUGCUACUAGUUGCAGUCGCUGUUUGUUAAGCUUGCAAUCUUAGGGCUCGGAAGGAAGGAAACUAAGAUCUCAAGUGUGGGUAGAAUUUUCCUUGGUGAUUUGGGAGAGGGAAAAGUAGUAGUCUGGAAGAUUGGUUUUGGGGAUCUGUAAGCCAAAGAGAAGCAGAAAAGAAGGACCUCCUUGCUGUUGCUGGUAUUUCAAGGGAAUUUCCGCCAUGGUGGGGAAGGAUCUGGUGCUGCAGCGGAACGGCAACUCAAGGGACAUCCGCGAGAUCGCCGCCGAGGCCACGCUGCGGGAGGUGCGGCAGAGCGGGCACGCCUACGUGGAGCUGCGGCGCGCGGGCAAGCGCGUCAUCUUCUUCUGCACCAUCUGCCUCACCGAGUGCUUCAGCGACAACGUGCUCUUCGACCACCUCAGGGGGAACCUGCACGCGCGGCGCUACGCCGAGGCCAAGCUCACGCUGUUCGGGCCCAUGCCGUGGCCGUUCAACGACGGCGUGCUCUUCUUCAGCAACGCGCGCGAGGACGGCCCGCUCGUGCUGGACUCGAGCUCGCGGAACGACGGGGACCUUGCUCUGGUUCUCCAUCCCGAGUUCUCCGGGACUGACGCUGAGGUGACGUCCAGGCUGAGAGACGGUUCAAGCUCCCGUAAUGGUGCAGGUGGUGCACACAGUGGAGCGAAUGGGUGUCCGAAUGGUCGAACUGCUGCGGUAGCUGAAGAUGAUGCUCAGCUUGUUAUUCCUAGUGUAUUGGUAAAGGAUGUUGUUCUGAACUUGCCCGCGCGUCUCCUUGGACAUGGAAACAUUGCAUACAAGAUCGCCGAAGCUAGCGAUGGCCGCAAGAAGAUUAGCAAGAUCUGGUGUGCUUGGGGAGGACCAGAAGCCCCACAUGAUGGCUCUAACGGGUCUAACAUCUACGAGCAAUCUGGUUUUGCCGUAGUCAACUUCUCUUAUGCGUAUGAGCUGGGAAGGAAGUGGCCUUCUGAUGAUCAGGACCUUUCUAUCUCCGCUGGAUCUUUCUUUGUGAUUGAUGAUGCGGGGCAUCGUGGAAAGCGAAGGAAGAAGUCCUUUUCUGAUCAAGAAGCGUCUUCAGAAGAGUCGAAUGGCCAGACAAACGGCACAAGUCAAGCUAUCGUGGCUGGUUCCUCAAAAGGUACCUCAUGCAAUCUGGAAGUCAGCCCCUUAUCCAGCAAGUCUAUGAGGAGAGAGCUGAGGAAGCAGAAGCGGCUUGCUGCCGAGAAAGUCUGUGAUAUCUGUGGGCGGGCAAUGCUUCCUGGAAAGGAUGUCGCUACCUUGCUGAACUGCAGUACAGGAAACCUAGCUUGCAGCAGUAGAAACUCGAGCGGGGCUUUUCAUCUAUUUCACACUUCAUGCCUAUUGCACUGGACUAUUCUGUGCCAAUAUGAGGUUCUGGCUGAUCAAAUUGCAAAGAAGGGGAAGAGCAAGCGAGGCAGAAAGGCCAAAACAGCGCCAAAGAGCAAAAUAGAAUCCAUCCUUUGCCCAGAAUGUCAGGGUACAGGAAUUCAUGUCGAGGGAGAAGAGCUUGAAAAGCCAACUAUUUCUUUAUCUGAGAUGUUCCGGUACAAGCUGAAAUCCAUUGAAGCACAUAAGGCGUGGAUGAAGAGCCCUGAGGUGCUCAAGAACUGUUCCACUGGUCUUCAUUUCCCUUCCGAACAUCUGGAGGACUCCCAGGAGCAGGUGAUGCCGCUGAACUCACUUCCUUUCUUUGGAGCUGACUUAUAGAGGUCCAUAAUCUCAUGGACCGGGCCACGCCUACGCCAGAAACAAGUUCAAAGCUAUAUCUUAUGCCAGAGUUGUAAAUCUACUACUGUAGAACAGCUGUAAAUAAGCAUGCCUGACUAAACUGGAAACAGAUGCUGACAUUUAUUUGCCUGUUCUGUAAUCGUACUGUACGUAUUUCCGUUAAGUUUACCUGUCUGUCCACAGUUGCAACCCAGCAAAACUGUGAUAGACUGUUUUGUAGUAACCAUAUAUAUACACGCGCACGCUGUUUAUUUUGCAA